GCGUACGACUGAGCCGCUAGGGUAAACAGUGCCAUAGCAUGCCGCUUAGUUUCAAUUCAAAUGUGCCUGCGUACGGAUCGCACGCGUCCGGAUCACACGAUCGUUGUUCUCACUGGCGAUUUCACGGCGUGUUUAAUUGGUGCUGGCAACCAUGGACGAUGAUUACACCUCAAUCGAAGAUUAUUUCAGCAGUGAAGUGUUGCACACAACGCGUACGAGUGACUACGAAGAUCGGCUGAGCAACAAAUCAAUAUCGAAAGUAUCCGGCGAUGAUCCCGCCGAGCUGGUGUUCCUGUACGUCUUCAACGCUGUGAUCGUGGCGACGGGAAUCGCGCUUAAUCUCGUGCUCAUUAAAGGAAUCGUUGGCGCCAAAUCUAGUGGGGCGCUCUCCUUUGUACUGCAGAUAGCGCUUGUCGAUGUCCUCACGCUACUCGCAAGCAACUGGGAAAUGUAUUACAACCUUCGGCAGACUUGGAUUUUUCCCAGUGAGCAUUGCACACUGUACUGUGGACUGGACGCGUUCACCAGUGUUGCGAUCGUGUAUUUCAUCGUUGGUCUUAACUUCCAUUCCAUCUCGUCGUACAAUCUGGCAGUGGAUUUGGCAAAAAAUGCAAUCAUCACACCGGACACCGAGAGUGGUGCAGAAUCGUUGACGGAGGAAAACAGCUACGAGGUGACCACGGAUACGAUAUCCCAGAAGCGAUCGCUAACGAUCGACUAUCGGUACAAGAAGCGACGCAUCAGUGUACGGCUUCCGAUUCUGCUUGUGUGGUUUAUAGCGGCGUCCGAAUCCUUGCCACUGUUCCUGUAUGCCGAUGUUACUACGGUUGCACCCACCGGUAGUGCGGACCGGCCGUCCACACAGUAUUGCACGGAACUGACACACAGCAUGGUUAGUCACAACAUCGUCAGCUUCAUGGUCAUCGUAAUUCGCAUCAUACUGCCCACCGUUGCGCUGGUGAUAACGCUCAUCCAAGCGGUGGUCAAGUUUUACCGAGGGAAACAUUUCACACAACCAGACGAAAUAGAGGAAAAUGUGGCAUUUUCUUUAAAAGUGUCCAUGUUCUUGUCACUCUCCUACGCCCUAUUUUCCAUGCAACGAUUGUACGGAUCUCUGCUGCAAGAAAUUAUGCUCCAGCCAAAUGGCGCUCCAAAGUAUCCCAUUUUUAGUCCAUUCCUGGGACUCUCGUUGGCGGUGCUUCACUUUUCGGCUUCUUUUAUACGACCGUUAGUAUUGAUCGUAAUGUGUAAGCAAAAGAGUAAUAAUGUCGACAUCGUUUUUACAUGCCAAAGCAGAUCAGCUGAUAAUGGAAUAUCUUUGCAGUAGCUAUUCUCAGCUAUGGAGAACGGUUAUUAGGCAGGCUACAAUCGGACGCACACUCUUUUGCUCCUGUAAGUCUCUUUCGUGUGUAAUGUACAGGAUCUAGUCAAAUACAAAAGCCAUUUCAGAGAAGAAAACAAUGGUUUUAUUUUGGAAUUACAUUUAAGCUAGCUAAAAUAUCAUUUGACUUGCGUACUAAAAUGUUUUAAGCAAUUGUACGCUACAGUACCAAAUAAUUGUUUGAUCUGAAUGUCACUUAAUAAUCGAGCUAAAAUGGCUUAAUAUCCAACCACUGAAUCGCAUUUUCGAAAACAAUUCUAGUGACAAAAAAAUCAGUAUAAUUGUCCAGUUACUAAAAAGUUUAUUAAAAUUUGCCUUGUUUAGAUCAAUUCAACCAACUUUUUCCAUUGAUAACAUUAAUUCAUUUGAAACCUGCUGAAACUGCUAUUUUGAAUAGCAAA